AUGAAUAAAUGCGAUAAACACGAUAAAGAUCUCGAUUUACUUUGUUCAGAUUGUAAAUCGAUCAUAUGUUAUCGUUGUCUUGUUGCGAAACAUCACCAACAUCGUACAUAUCACACAGAUGACAUCAAACAAUCACUUUUAAAUAUCGAUUAUUCUGCUGUUUUUUAUGGUUCAUAUAUAGAUAAUGAUGAGGAUAAUAACAAUAAAGAUUAUAUAUUUCAAGAUAGAAUAGAAUGGUUGUGGAAUAAGCUUUAUGAUUUAGUUGAUCAUAUUCAAGAGAUGUCGAAAGUAGAGAAUGAAAUCAGCAAUCAUUUCAAACAAUAUUAUGAAAUGUUAAUGAAAGAAGAAAGAAAAUUGAAACAACCAAUCAUCGAUGAAAUCGAUCAAACCAAACAACAACUCGAUCAAAUCAUCAAAGAAAUACAAUCAUUACACAAUAUCAUUCAAUCAAUCACUCCAACUCUUAAACCAGAUCUAAAGAAUAAUGAUAUUGAUAAUCAUACAAAUAAUAACAAUAAUGAAUAUGAUAUUCUCCCAGAUAUAUCAACUAGUUAUGAAAUACCAACAUUGAUUGAAUCAAUUAAACAAUCAAAAUCAUUCGAACAAUUCAUUCAUAAUAAUAGUAAUACAUUAUUCAAUAUUCAACAACAAAACAACAAUGAAAUCAUUGAAUAUUUAAAUAAUAACAAUGAAAUAAACAAGAAUAAGAGACAUAAGAAUAAUGAUAACAAUAAAACAAAUAAUAAUAACAAUGAUAAUUCAAUUUUAGAAAUAAUUCGCAAUCACAUCGAUAAGCACAAUAUUGAUGAAGAUGAUAUCGACAUGAAUGAUAGUUAUGUAUUUAGCAAGAGUGAUAAAUUUCAAAGUUAUUUUGAAGGAGUCAGACAUUUUGUUCAAGAAUCAUAUAGUUUUAAUGAUUACAAUCGAAAAGACGAUGAUACUGAUCAUAUCAAACAUAUUAUCACCAAGAACGAUGACAAUGUGCUAUCAUUAUACAAAUGGGAUAAUGAAAUGGAAUUAUUGGAGAAUGAAUCCAAGGAAUUGGCCAAACUAUUGGAAGAGUUUGUACGUCCAGAACACAUUUUCUUUGGAUCAACGAAAACAACCAUCUAUAUAUUCUCUAUGUUGCGUCCUAAAUUCAUUGUCUAUUCAAUCAAAGACAAAACAUUCAGAAAAGGAUCAUAUGAAUCCAAUUUCCAUCUUCUUUUCAUUAGUCCACCUUCUACUACCUUCACUGAUCCAUUCAAUCUCUAUUUCUAUGGAAAAUCCUUCAGAGUAAUUGAUAAUAUAAAGUGCGAAUGUACAAAGCUCGUUCGAUUCAAUACAAUACUGGAGGAAUUCGAGCUGUUGAGCAACGAGGAGAAUGAUCACAUUUUUCCAAUGGCAAUUUUUCACCAUGACAUCCUACAAGAGACAGCCAAAUACUCGAUACACUACGAUUCCAACGAAAAACAGAUCGUUCGAGUUCUAUUCCAUGGAUAUUCAACAACUAAAUCAUCAGAGCAUAUCAUUGUCAGCGAUAUCGUACCGAAAUAUAUAGCCUCUUGCUUUGAUGGAUAUCGAUACCUGUAUGUUUAUUAUGGUGAUAAAGACACUGACUACUUCAUAAAGUUCGACAACUAUGAUAAAUCACCGAGUCCCAACGAGAAUCUCCCAACAAUCGAAGGACGUUUGCCAAUAGAAGAACAAGAAAACCCCGUAUCAAUGCUUUACAAAGAUACCAAGAUCUAUCUUUUCACAAAAGAUCAAAACUUUGUCUAUUCUCUCAAUGACAAAAAAUGGCGACAAUCUAAUCUUGACAAAGCUAAAAUGCACAUCUAUUUUAAAUUAAUAGUAUAA